AUGGCGACUAUUGAACAAGUCGCCCCACAGGCUGGGUAUCCCGAUGAUCACCCCGCCAUGACCGAGAAAGGUCGCGCCGUUCGGACUUUGGUCGAGGCCGAGUUGCUGGACGAUCGCUAUGAGACAACUCAACGUGGUUUGAAGAAUCGUCAUGUCCAACUGAUGGCCCUGGGUGGUACCAUCGGAACAGGUCUCUUCGUUGGAUCCGGUCAGUCUCUCGCUACCGGUGGUCCUGCUUCCCUCCUCAUGGGCUACAUCUUCAUCUCCGCCAUGGUCUACGGUCUGGUGACUGCCAUCGCCGAGAUUGGUGCUUACCUCCCCGUUCACGGUGGUACCAUGAGUUACCACGGUUUCCGAUAUGUCUCGCGCAGCAUGGGUUUCGCCAUGGGUUAUCUCUACUGGUACUCCCUUGGUAUCCUCGUACCCUACGAGAUCACGGCAGCCGGGUUGGUCAUUGGAUAUUGGGAUACCAAUGGAACCGUCAAUAUUGCCGUGUGGAUCACCAUUAUGAUGCUCGUGAUUAUUGCCCUGAAUUUCCUCCCUGUGCGCUUCUACGGUGAAUCCGAGUUUUGGUUCUCGGGUAUCAAGAUUAUCACCUUGGUCGGCCUGCUUAUGGUCUCUUUCAUUCUGUUCUGGGGCGGUGGUCCGAACCGUCAGCGACUGGGUUUCCACUAUUGGAAGGAUCCCGGUUCGUUUAAUGAGUACCUGGUGACGGGCGAUUCUGGUCGUUUUGUUGGAUUGCUCAAGUGCACCGUCUCCAGUGCCAUUGCCUUCAUCUUCGCCCCCGAACUGAUCAUCAUCAGUGGUGGAGAGAUGGAGUCCCCCCGACGCAACGUUCCUCGCGCAGCCCGCCGCUACAUCUACCGUCUGGUCUUCUUCUACAUCCUGGGUGUCUUGGCCAUCGGUGUGAUCUGCCCAUCCAAUGCCUCGCAGCUCACUGCUGGUAACGGCACGGUCAAGUCCUCCCCCUUCGUGGUGGGCAUCAAGAAUGCCGGCAUUCCCGUGCUCGACCACAUCGUCAACGCCGCAGUCUUGACAUCUGCCUGGUCCGCCGGAAACUCCUUCCUCUACAUGUCCUCUCGCUCCCUAUACUCCCUCGCCAUGUCCGGCAACGCGCCCAGCAUCUUCAAGGCCUGUAACCGCUGGGGUGUCCCCUACUACGCCGUCAGCGUCUCCGCCUGCUUCUCAGCACUGGCCUACCUCUCCGUCGGCAACUCCAGUUCCGUCGUCUUCAACUGGUUCGUCAACUUCACCAAUACCUCCGGCUUCAUAUCCUGGAUCUGCUGUUGUAUCGUCUUCUUCCGCUUCCGCAAAGCCACCGCCGCCCAGGGAAUCGAGCAACCCUACAAGUCCCGCCUACAACCCUACGGCGCCAUCUUCGGUAUGGCCGGUGCCACGCUGAUGAUGUUGAUCAACGGGUUUACCGUCUUCUUCCCAUCGGAGUGGUCAGUUAGCAACUUUUUCACUGCGUACAUUGGUAUCCCCGCGUUCUUGAUCUUGUACUUUGGUCACCGGUUCCUGUACUGGAGUGAUCCCUGGGCGUGGCGUCCGGAGGAGGUGGAUAUGCAUACUGGAUUGCAGGAGAUUAUUGAUGCCGAGUUGCCGGAGAGGCCGCGGGGUGCUUGGUGGAAGUUUUGGUAA